AUCAACAGCUAUUGCUUCUGCCUCUCUUAUAGGAUUAUUUAACUCAAUUUACCAAAAAUAUACAUACAAGCGAUGUCAAAAAGUGUUGGUGCAUUUGGACAUGGUAUCCAAAAAAUGUCAAAAUGAUUUAUUCGGAGAAAAUUUUGUAAAAAGAGUUAAAAAAGAGAUAAGUUUGGAACAUUUCAUGUUAAUUUAUGGAGCAUUUGUCACUGCCUUGUCAGCUAUUGUCUAUCCAUAUUGGCGAGAAGUUAUAUCAUCAGAUGAAGGAUUUGAACGAGUUUUAGCUACACCAAUGAGAAUGCCCUACAUGGGUAAAUAUGCAACUGCGUAUUGGCCUUUAUCGUUUCUACUAUGUUUAGCCAUACUUUAUGGAAAUUUAAAAAUCAUUGCUGGACAUUGCUUUUAUAUUUCUACAUUAUCUCAAAUUAAGUGUUGUUUCAUACAACUUAAAAAAAGUCUAUGUUACAUAAUUGAAAAUGAUCAAAGCAUAAAUAGCAUGAAAAAAUGGAUUCAUUGUCAUCAAGAAACUCUCUCUGUAGGUAAUGAACUUUGUGAAAUUUAUGCUCCGAUGUUUUCAACUUUUUUAGUAUACUUUGUUAUCGUCAAUACGUCUAUAAUGAUUAUGUCAAUGUCUGUAAGUGAAAUAAUAUUUUUGAUUUCGGAUCUAGAUAUAGUUAUGAAAAUAUCAGCAUUAUCACAUGUAUGUAUGUGUGCCGUGAUGUUGUACUUUUCAUGCAAUGUAGGUUCAUGCUUAACACAUGAAUCGUAUACUGCGAGCCAAAAAGCAUACGGACGUUCAUGGUAUACCAGUAAAACACAUACGAAAAAUUGUUUUGGAUUAAUAAUUAUGAGAACUAAUAAUAAAGUAGAGUGCAAGUGUAUCAUAGCUCCAAUUCUAACAUUAAGCAAUGAAACAUACGCGAAGAAUGGAUAAAAUCAACUAAUUUGUAAGUAUUCCAACGAAUAUAACAACGUACAUAAAUACCUGUAAUAUCAUGUAGCAAAAGUUCAUCAAUGGAUCACCCUGUAUAUAUUAAUAUCAUACAAAUGAAAUAUCAUUUGUUCAAAGAUCUUUCACCGCCGUAAUUAUAUUUAAUUGUCAUCACUAGGGCUGGGAAUUGUGUUUAGGCAACUUUGAAGGGUUCUAAGUUUGUGUCACUUUAUCAUUAGGUUAUAAUAUAACCGUAUGAUAAAGUGACACAAACUAUUUUAUAGUAACAUAGAAGUAUACACUGUUUUAGGGGAGAUAAACCUCCUAAACCCUCCAAAAACUAUAACAUUGGUAACAAUACAUUCCUAAAUUUUUAAGUUAUUUAACAAAAAUUUAUAUUGGCUGAUAUUGAUAUGUUUAAAAACAACUUAAUAAAGUUUAUAAAUACUUAUAAUUCCUAGCCCUAAUAUUACUCAUAAUUGCCAAAUUAAAUACACGUGUAGACUAAUAUUUAAAUGCAUUAAAAAAUUAAUAU